AUGAUGUCAUCAUUAUCGUCAUGGACAUCAGAAUUACUUCGAUUAUCAUCAACAUUACCUUCACCAUAUGAUUAUUUUACUGAUUCAUCAAAAAUUCUUAAAUCUGACGUUGUUUUAGUUGUUGAAAAAGAAAGAUUUUAUUGUCAUCGCUUAUUAUUAUCAUUAGUAUCACCUGUAUUUAAUCGAAUGUUUAGCGGUGAAUUUAAAGAACAUAAUGCUCAUGAAAUUAUAUUAGAAGGUAAAACAAGUGAAAGUAUACUUGAAUUAUUAAAAUAUAUUUAUCCGCAAUUUAAUGGACAAAUUACAAAUGAUAAUAUAGAAGACUUUCUUUUAUUAGCUGAUGAAUAUAUGAUUGAUUAUCUUAAGCAAAUAUGUAAAGAUGUUUUAAUGAAACAACUUCAAUCUUAUAAAUUUGUUUCACUUCCAAUACAACAAAAAUUUGAACAAUCAUCAAUGAAAUCAAAAAGUUUUCAUGCUAAUGAUUCAAUGCUUGAUUCAACUCAACAGCAAGAAAAUGAAUCAAUAAUUCGUAAUAAUAUAAAUCGUAUCAAUUCAUCACGUCAACCAGCAUCAAAUUCUCGUCAUCAUAUAACUAAAUCUACAUUAAGUUAUUCAAAAUCAAAUGAUAAAAAUGGAUCACCAUCAAAUAGUCAUUCUCGUUAUGUCCUUGUUCUUGAUAAAACUCGAUUACCGAAUUUUUAUGAUGCACAUAAUAUUUGUAUUCCAUUUACGACCAUUGAAGUCGAAUUAUGGCUUCGUCGUUUACGUAUUCUUUAUCAGAUUGAUAAAGGUCACAAUUAUGGUGAAGUUAUUGAUUGUAUUUUAAGUAUACUACAAUUUAUUCCAGCUGCUUUACUUUUUACUCUCAUGCAUAUAACUAUAAAUACUUUUUCAAUUGAUGAAACUAUGUUGAAUGACAUAGCUCGUGCAAGAAUGUAUAUGCUUGAAGAAUGGGUUGCUGAUGGUGAUCCAUAUCGUAUAGUUAGUUUAACUGACUCCUAUCGAACAAUGUCACCUAGUGUUUUGGCUACUGCAGCUCAACAAUCAAUAACUACUUCAACAAAUAUGAAUAAUGAUGAACAAAAUUCUUUUCAAGAGACUACACUUACAACAUCUGAGUUAGAAGCAACAGCUCUAGUUUCUUAA